UCGUAUAAUACUCGGAAAUUUAGCGCAAGUGUUUAGUGUUUGUUGAGCAAUUGAAGAGAACGGUAAAUUGAUCGUUUAAGUUGCAAACUUAUUUAAUCUAAACUAAAAAAUGGCUCCCAACAAUAACAGUGAUUCAAAUGUGCCCGAGAACCCCAACGAAUACCUCGUUAUUCCCAAAUGGAUAAAUGAGGAGUACUUCCGUCCCAUUCUCGAGAAAGAAGUGGAUGACUUUGUGAGCAUAAAAAAGUUUACAGUCAUCGCAGCAACACAACCAGGUGAAAACUUCACAUCAGUCAUGGUGCGUGUGAUCGUGGAUAUAGAAACUAAAGAUGGCAGUGAAAAGAACCUUCGUUAUAUUCUGAAAACCACACUGGAAACAGAUAAGGGAGGAGAAUUGGUUGCUGGCAUGAGUUUGUUCCCCAAAGAAAAAGAAAUGUACCAGGUUCAGAUUCCCAAUUACAUUAAACUCUAUAAGGAGGCGGGAGUAGACAUUGAACUGGCCCCCAAAUGCGUGCAUAUUGAAGAGACUCCAGAGGGCAUAACCCUGGUCAUGGAGGAUCUGAAACAGCAGAAUUUCGAAAAUAUUGAUCGCCUGAAGGGAUUCGAUAUGGAGCACAUGACUAGUGUACUGCGUAAAGUUGCAGAGCUCCAUGCUGCAUCUGUAAUAAACCAUGAACGGAAUGGACAAUAUGCCGAUAUGUUCUACCAGUCUUUGUUCAAUGAGAAAAAUCGCCCAAUGUUCGAAGGAAUGUCAGCUAUGCGAAUGGUUCAAUAUGUUGAAGCAAUGCGCCAAUGGAAUUUGCCUGAUGUGGAGGAAUAUAUUAAGUUGAUUCCCACUCCAAAAGAGUUCUUCGAUAGUGGAUUAAACCUAUACAAUGUCGAUGAAAGUGAAUUCAACGUUCUAAAUCAUGGUGAUCUGUGGUGCAACAAUAUAAUGUUCUCCGGAGAUCGCACUCUAUUUGUGGACUUGCAAAUGGCAAAAUGGGGAAGUCCAGCUCAAGAUCUUUGGUAUUUGAUUACGUCGUCUGCCUCGUUGGACAUCAAGGUUAAGGAAUUUGAUCAUUUUAUCGAAAUCUAUCACACUCGCUUGGUGGAAUGCCUUAAAUUGUUAAAAUACUCAAAGCCCAUUCCAACCUUGAAAGAAUUGCACAUCAUGAUGAUCAAAUAUGGCGAUUGGGCUAUGUCAACCGCGAACGGAGUCUUGGUGAUUGUGGUUCUGCCAUCUGAUAAAGACGCCAGUAUUAAUACAAUGAUGAUGCCAGGACCUGAAGGAGAUGCUUUCCGCUAUAUGAUAUUUUCGAAUCCUCGUUAUGAAAAGGCCAUGGUCCAACUCUAUCCGUUCCUUAAGAAUAAGGGCCUUCUAUAGAGAGGGAGAAACUGUUUCUGUUCCUCAAUUUUUCAAACAAAAUACUCUGUGUAUACAAACCAGUUGAUUAUAAAAAUAAACA